AUGACAACAGAAGGUGGACUGCGGCAAUGUCUGACUGAUUUAACCAGGGCAGAUACUAGUGGUGAUUACCAGAAAGCACUCCUGGCAGCUAAUCGUCUGAUUCGACGCUAUCCAAAAGAGCACUAUGCUUUCAAGUGCAAAUUGGUUUGUCUCAUCCAUUUAUCAAUGUAUGACGAUGCGCUUACUUUACUAAGGAAGACACCGCCAAGUCAAAUGGGGGAAUGUGCUUUCGAGAAGGCUUACAUUCUCUAUCGUUUGGAAAGAAAUGACGACGCAUUAGAAGCCCUAAAAGCUUGUGACAAAACCGAUCAACGCGCUCAAGAACUCAGAGCCCAACUAUACUAUCGCCUCGACAGAUUCCAGGAGGCUCUCGAGAUUUUUCGCGAUUUGUUUCGAAACCAUUCUGACGAUUACGACGAUGAGCGUAAAGCCAACUAUCUUGCAGUUGUGGCACAGUUGGAAGCCAUGGGAAUGAAACAAGUAGGUUUUACUCUUCGACAUCAGCUGUACAAUAGCGCUUGUCAACUUAUAGAAGCUGGAAAUUACGAGCUGGCGCUAAAGAAUUUGGAUAAAUCAAUUGCUUUGUGUCGAGAAACGCUUAGUGAGGAAGGUUUGGACGAAGAAGAAGUUGAAGAUGAACUUGCCGUGCUGUGUGUGCAACGCGCUUAUGUGUUGCAUAAACUUGGGAGAAAAAACGAGGCAAUUGAACUAUAUAGAACCCUCCAAGCAGCCGGGCCAUCUGAUAUCGGCGUUAUUGUCACAUUGGCAAAUAACUUGGCGAGUGCAAUGAAAGACCAAAACAUUGCUGACGCUCGAAGGAAAUUGAAAAAUGCUCUUCAGUUGGACCAGAAAAAGUUGUCUACGCGUCAACGACGAAUCCUUAUGUUGAAUAAUGCUCUUGUACUGCUACACUCGAACCAACGAGAACCGUGUCGACGCGCCCUGGACGAUCUUAUCAAGGCUUUUGGUGCAACAAGAGAUACUCGACUUAUUGAAGCUGCAUUAUGUUUCCGUCUCAAUGAGUUUGAGAAAGCAAUCAAGGUAAGAUUCAAGUGUAGAAGCAUUGCAGCAUCAGUCUAUUGUUGUAUUACUUCAAAAUAUGAGGUUGAGGUAUUCCUUCAUUGCAUUCCACAAUAUUCAUGUGUAUGUUCAUGUAAUGAGACUUCAAUUGUUAAGGUGUUCCCAGUGACAGUAGACGAGAGUAUCAAUGUUGAUAAUCUCGAAGAGAGCGAUUGGAUCCUUUACGGCGAGAAAUAUAAGCAGAAAAAAGAAGCCAAAUCAGAAGAAAUUGUGACGAGAAAGUUGAAGAAUCGUAAACGAAAAAGGAAGAUCCGUUUACCAAAGAACUAUGAUCCUAACGUGCCCCCUGACCCGGAAAGAUGGCUGCCAAAGCAAGAACGUGCUGCGUAUAAGAAGAGGCAAAAGAAGAACCGAGAUCGCGACAUCGGAAGGGGAACUCAGGGAUCCGUGUCAACUAAUCCCAACGUCGAGUAUGUAUCGGCUUCUCCGAGUUCUCCAAGACCGAUGGCCGUCACGAUGCCUGAGGGUCCACGUCAAAUGCGUCCGAAACAGCAGCCAAAAAAGAAAAAGAAACCUUCGAAAUUCUAG